AUGGAUUUACGAGUACAUAACCCUAAAGGACUAAUCCAGAACAGACCUACUCUGUCAUACGUUGCGGACCUUACGACCAGGCUAGACAUCACUGAACAGCACAACAGGGCCAGUAACAUUGAAUUACACUGCAUUCCGGAGCACCGAAGCGAGAACUUGCUCACAGUCGUGAAACAAAUUGGCAGAACAAUAGCAUGCGAAGUUACUGACCAGGACAUACAUCUGUGUACGAGAGUUGCAAAGAAAAAUCAAGAGAGCACGCGACCUAGAUCAGUAGUUGUCAAAUUUGGCUCUCCGAGAAUCAGAGAUCAGUUUUUAGCCCAAGUGGUCAAAUUCAAUAAGGCGAAUCCCAAAGAGAAACUUCACACUGGGCACCUGGGCAUAGGUGGUGACAAGAAGCCUGUCUAUGUUGCGGAACAUCUUUCACCAAAGAAUAAAUCUAUACAAGCUGCAGCUAGACAGGUGAAAAGGGACAAGGGGUACAAAUGGACCCAGCAGGGACGAGUCUUCCUGCGAAAAACGGAAACAUCGGAGUACAUUUGCAUUAAAAGCUUGGAAGACCUGCAGAAGAUUGUAUAG